UCACCUAGGACGCACCACGUGUCCGUCUGCCGGGUAGCACCGAGGAGACAGACGCGGUCCGGCCAAGGUCGAGGGAGAGGUCCUGCCCAGCCCUCCGCCUCCCCGCGGAGCACCGGCGUCCUAGGCCUAGUCGAGCCCUUCCCCGAGGCCAGUGGGGCGCCCGGGACGCGGACGCGGCCGAAGAGGAGUGAAGCGACCGCGGCGCCAAGGGCAGGGACCGGUGACCGUCCCCAGGCCGUCGCCCCCUGCAGCUCCUAUGGCACCAGAGUGAAACCCAGCAGAGAGAUUGGGGGCGGCGAGGGAGAAGGGCCCACGGAGCCGGAGGGACCCUCUCUGACCAGCCCCUCCCACCCUGUCUGGCUCGUUGCCAGCCCUACAUUCCUACGCAGCGGGGCCACCGGGUUGCAGCAGACAGGGCACUGGCCAAGUCCACGCUGUCCUGGGAGUGGCCAUGGGGACCUCCAGCUCCCUCAGGUGUGCACAUCCGUCACUGCAGACCCACGGGGACAAGGUGGCGAGCCAACCUGGAGAGAGGAGAUAGCUCGGCACCCCAUAGGACAAGCCCCCAGCUGGGGUGCUGGGUGGGAGGGGGCCACCCUAACCUUCCCACAGCGCAGGCCAGCGGGUGGGGGUGGGGGAGAUGAAGGGAUGUAGCAAGUCCCGGGUUACCACCUCUCCCCCAACUGUGGACCACAGCCCCGCCCUUCCCUCAGACAUCUUGGAGCCGGGGAGGUGUGAAUGGCCUCCUUUGUGCUUCUGAAUUGAAGGCAAUUAGGUGCUACUUAUCUAGAGGGGUAGAAAUUUGGGCCAUCUACGAAAACCCGCCUCCACCCACCCACCUCCUCCUGAGCUUAUAAGUGCAGCCCAGCCCUGCCAAACCUGAGGCAGACCCUAUGCUCAGCCUGGCCCUGCCCCACCUGACAGACUGCGGACCCUGUUCCCAGCCCCCAUCAUCUGUCUUGCAGAGGAUUCCGGCCAGGCCCCCACCAUCUGUCCAGAGGAACUACCCAGCCAUGCCUCCCUCCUCCGCCCUACCUGGUGGCUGCAAGCGGACCUCCAGCUUUGGCUCAGUGGACUGGCUCUCCCAGAGCAGCCACACAGGGCCGGCGCACACCUCCAGGCCUGCCGAAGUCUCCUGGGGGAGCCUGUCUGCCUCAGCCCAGGUGUACUGCAGAGGGGAGCCCCACCAGACUGUGGACAUGGAGGAGGUGAAGCUCUCAGAAGUGUCUGCACCGGGGACGCCCGCAGCUGGGCCGAGCAAGGAGGCGGACGGCACGCGGGCUCCCCGCAUGCGCACGGCCUUCACGGUGGAGCAGGUCAGCGCCCUGGAGAGCUCCUUCCAGCACCGCCGCUACCUGGGGCCCCUGGAGCGCCGGCGGCUGGCCCAGGAGAUGCAGCUCUCCGAAGUGCAGGUAAAGACCUGGUUUCAGAACCGCCGAAUGAAGCACAAGCGCCAGCUGCAGGACUCCCAGCUGAGUCCACCCUUCUCCGCACCCCUCCACCCACCCCCUGCCCUGCACAGCCGCCUGCAGCUGCUUUGCCCUUGGGCCUCCUUGCCUGGGCCCCCAGCUCUGGUCCAGCCUCUGGGCUCUUUCUGGUGUCCCCGAGGGGUGAAACCAGCCUCCCUGGCUUCAGUGUGGGCCUCAUGCAGCAGGCAGCCCAGUGUGCUGCCUCCGGUGUGCUGCCUCCCGGACCCUGGGGGCUGGGUGCACACACUGAGCCCAGCUUUGUCCAGGGGAGCCUGGGGCCUGUGCGCCCCACCAGCGACUGGGGAUGCCUUUUGAGGAAGGGAGGCAGCUGACGCCAGGGCUGCGGUGUAUCAGAUGUGCUGGGUGUGCGCAGCGGUACCUGGCAUCUGCCUGGAGAGACAGCCCGGUCUGUAUUUACACCACUGUGAUGUCCUGGCGUGGGCCUGUGCCCCCCCAGCGGUGGGGCCUGCAAUUGGCCCCGCCUAAGACUGGGGAUUUAUAGCUGAAGACAUUCUGAAGCCUAUUCCCCUCUGAAAAGUGCUGAAGGGUUGGCGUGGAAAAUGUUGGGUCGGCGAACAGUCGGAAGCCAAGCGCGCUGUGCCGCGUUGGGCUCCCACACAACAAAGGGUAACUUACUCAGCUCAAGGGGCUGGAAAACUGGCUUUCCAGUUGGAAAAAAUAAAGGUGGAGUCUGUCUUACGCUA